ACCGAAACGGAGAGGCGUGUCAAGGUCGAGCUUCAAUUUCGAAUUUCGGCUCCGUCUUUACCACUAUAAAAGCUUCACCCGGUUUUAUCAAAUCAGUGGAAACAGUCCAGUCAAAAAGCAAACAUCAUGAACUCAAUCGCUGCCGUAGUUUUCUUUGCCGUCGUUGCUGCCGCUAGCGCAGGCAUCGUAGCUCCCAGUGGUUUGAUUGCAAGCACUUAUGCCGCUCCAGCCCUCACAGCCUACUCUGCACCCCUUGCUUAUAACGCACACUUGGCCUAUUCUGGUCUUGCCGCUCCAGCCUACACUGCCUACUCUGGUGCUCUUGGACAUGCCGCUGAAAGCACCGUAGUUGCCGGACCAUCUGGAACCAUCACAAAAACUGAUAGCAUUGCUACCCCAGCAGUAGCAUCCCUUGCUUAUAACGCUCCCUUGGCCUACUCUGGUCUUGCCGCUCCAGCCUACACCGCCUACUCUUCCCCAAUUGCCUACUCUGGUGCUCUUGGACAUGCCGCUGAAAACACCGUAGUUGCUGGACCAUCUGGAACCAUCACCAACACUAAGAGCAUUGCUGCCCCAGCAAUUGCUGCCAGAUACGCUCUCCCAAGUGCUUACACUUAUGGAGGUCUCUACUUGUAAAUUAUGUAUAUGAAAUAAAAAUAGUUGAAAUUUA